UUCGACCUGACCUGGCAUGGCCGUGACCCAGGAGGUCCGCAGCGAAGAAGCUCAGCUCCAGGCGCUGCAGAAACUGGAUGAGGAGUGCGUCCAGCUACAGGUUCAGGGCAACUACGUGGCAGCGCUCGAGUGCAUGGAACGAGCCCUCGUGCUGCGCCGCCACUUUUUUGGUCUUGCUAGCCCCGAGGUAGCGAGGUAUUUGGUCGCGCUAUGUCAUAUGCUUUGCAAUUUGCUCUCGAUGACGUUUCUGCAGCAAGAAAACUACGCCGUGACCAUCGAGCUGCUCAAAAAGGCCGAAAUUCUCACCGAACAUCUUCCCGAAGAGCGUGCCACAACGCUCAACAACAUGGCGUGCUACUACCGCCGGAUUGGCAAGCUCCAUGGCGCUCUCAGCUGCCUCAAGCGGGCGCUCGAGAUUGAGCUGCGCAUCCAAAAGGUGAGUGCGACGGCGGACACGCAUUUGAACCUGUGCGCCGUCUACUCGACCAUGGGCAAGCACCCGUCGGCGCUCGAGCACGCCCAAGCAGCGCUCAUUGUGCUGCACGAAGAGCUCUUUAGCCAAGGGAAAGACUUGCAGCACUUUGACCACCGGCGCGACCGCGUCUCGGUGCUGUGCAUUGCGUACCACAACAUUGGCGUCGAGUACGAGUACCUCAAGCAGUUUUCCCAGUCGGGAGUCGGUAUUGCCGAACAGUACCUCGGACCCGCCAACGGAGUCACAAUUACACUCACCAACUCCUCGACGCACGCUGCAGACUAA